AUGACCGGCACCGAACACCGGGGUGACGAGGCGGCGGACGGAGACGGCACUCCCGACGACGCGCCACGGUCGGGGACAGUCGGCGGCCGGGUGGCGCUGAAGCCUCGCAGUCACGAGCCCGAGGCGAGGAGCGCGAGUCGCGAGUCGAUGGCCUCGACCCUGACAGACGAGCCCGCUCGCGAGGCGGCAGCGAGCCCGAGUCACGAGUCGCCAGCGGCAAGCGUUGGCGACGAGACGGCCCGUCAGCCGACGGCGGGGCAGGCGGCGCCGCUCGAGCCGCCGGUGGAGGACUCCGCCUACAGCUGGGUGAUCGCCGGCGCGGCGGCGCUGCAGUUUGUGCUGGUCGGCGGCAUCCACAAGUCGUUCGGUCUGGUGCUGGCGGCGCUGGUGCAGCGCCACGGCUUCACCGCCGCGCAGGUGUCCAUCAUCCCGGCCACGUACCUUGCGGUCAGCUUUCUCGUGGCGCCGCUGUGCGGGGCCCUCUGCCGCCGGCUCUCCGAGCGGAGCGUGGCAGUGCUCGGCGGCCUGUGCUCCACGCUGGGGCUCGCCCUCAGCGCGCUCACCAGCGACGUCCACCUCCUCUACCUUACCAACGGGCUCAUCUUCGGUCUAGGCCAGGGCUUUUCCAACGUGCCCGGCACCCUGCUUGUGACGCAGUACUUCGUGAAGCGACGUGGUCUGGCGAAUGCCAUCAUGGCUGCGGCGGCUGCCGUCGGUGGCGUGUUCUUCCCACUGCUGGUGCAGCUGCUGCUGGAGGAGUACGGCAUCACCGGCACGUACCUCAUGCUGGGGGGCUUGCACAUGCACACGCUCGUCUCGGCGGCGCUGUACCGGCCGCUGGAGAAGCAGCGGAUGAUCAUGCGGCUGGACAGGAGGCGGUGCUCGAGGAGACUGAAGACGGCCGACAGGGCCAGCGCACCGAUCCAGGACGAAUGCAACAAACAGGCGCUGGUUAACGGCAAUGACAACGGAGCUGGCGCCGUCGCCUCUCAGCCAAACGGCGCGACUCACCUGAGCGUGCUGCUCUUCUCCGCCGGACUGCCGCACGUCUGCCUGCUGGUGCCGCGCUUCGGCCUCGAGAUCGGCAUCAGCCGAGGCCGCACUGCCAACAUGAUCGCCACCGUGGCGCCCAUCGACAUCCUCAGCCGGCUGUCCCUCGGCCUGCUGCUCGAUCGCAACCUCUUCCACAAGCGGUACGGCUUCUUCAUCACCUGCCUGGUGGGCGGAGCGGGCAUUCUUGCGCUGGUGUUCGUCCGCACGUACGCCGGUCUGUACGUCGCCUGCACGUUCGUCUACGCCGGCAUCGGCUUCUUCUUCGUGGUGAUGCCGGUGAUGUACGCCGAAUACUACGGCGCCUGA